AUGACAACGAUACAGGAUGAAAUCUUUAAAUGUGUGUUGUCUGGGGACUUGGAGGCCGUUAGGCAGUGCUUAGGACAUGAGACCGAGACAGAAGAGUCGCAGGAAGACUUGGAUUUGUUCGGAAAGAAGGACGAAGCUGGGAGAAAUGCUCUGCUAGCUGCUUGCAUGCUGGGCAGGAGCUCCAUCAUCCCUGAACUGCUCACUAACGGAGCUCAGGUCAAUGAGCAGACUGUCAGAGGUUAUUCAUCCCUUCACCUUGCUGCUUGCUGGGGCCACCUGGAGACAGUGAGGACUCUGCUUGACCUAGGAGCAGACACACAGGCCAAGACCUUCAGAGGGGAGACACCUGUAGACCUGGCCAGGAAAUACUCCAACAUAGACUGUGUUGAUUGUCUCAUCCUGGAAGAAGCUAAAAGGGACUUGAUGGCAUAUGUGGUCUUUGUUAAAGACAUGAGUUCUGAUCCAGAGAGGAGCCUCACAAAGGAGGAAAAGAACAUCUGUACGCGUGCAUGCUCCACCACAUCAGACUGGAUCCAAAGCGUCAAAAACCCAACAGUGUCAGAUUUCAUAGCUCAGAGGAAAGACAUGGAGGAAACUCUGCAGCCUGUUCUCAGCAAACUAUCAGCUCAGUCUGCUGAACUGCCCGUCAACGCAGCAGGGAAGCUCUAA